AGUUUAUGGUUCUCUUUACAUAUGGAGCGCUUUAUGUCGCAAUUCAUUACAUACGGUAUUCUGUUAAUACUUUGUUGCAGAUUUUCCAUGAUGCGUCUUAGCAGCAGACUUUAUGAGAAUCCCCCACUCACAUAUACCAGGUGUAAUGCUGCAGAGUGAAUACAGCCAGGCCUGUCUUUUCAGCCAUACUGCAUAGGCCUGAUCCCUGAAGGCUGUUGCUAGGAGACCGCUCCACAGACAUGCAGGAAAUGUCUGCUCGGAGCAGCUGCAUUAAGCCCCCCACUCCUACCGACAUGUACUCAAUGCCUUGAGGGGGCUUUAACUCUCCAAGAGGGUGUGGGAAGGUUAUGAAUCCCAGUGGGAGACUGAAGUGGAGUCUGCACUGGAACGGACAUGAAGCUGUACCAUCCUUACAGCUAUCAGAAUCAUUACCAGACGUUGCGGACUCUCUACCAGGAUUGUCAGGUUAUCCAGGGCAACCUAGAGAUCACCUACCUUAAGGAGGAUGAUGAUGUGUCUUUUCUAAAGGACAUUAAGGAAGUUCAGGGCUAUGUUUUAAUAGCUCACAAUCUGCUGAGUUAUAUCCCCUUGGAGAAGUUGCGCAUUAUUCGAGGGGCUCAACUCUUCCAGGAUCGGUAUGCCCUAGCAGUGCUGUACAACUCGCAGUCUGGAGGAGCAGCGGCCGGCCUGCGAGAACUGCGCAUGAGGAGUCUUACAGAGAUCCUAAAUGGUGGGGUGAUCAUGGAGAAUAAUACCCAACUUUGCUUCCAUGAAAGCAUCAAAUGGCAGGAUGUCCUGAGCCAAAGCAACACUUUCCAUAAGGAUGUGGGUCUACAAAGUGGAAAUCGUCUAUGUCCUCAAUGUUCAAGCAGCUGUGGAUCCUUACCCUCGGGAACGGCGGGAUCAUGUUGGGGAGAGGGCAUCGAGAACUGUCAGAUAUUGACCAGCAUUAUCUGCCAGAACGGCUGCCAGAGGUGUAAAGGGAAACAUUCCAGUGACUGCUGCCAUGAGCAGUGCGCGGCCGGAUGUACUGGACCUAAGAACACUGACUGUCUGGCAUGUCUUAACUUCAAUAACAGCGGUGUCUGUGAGAUGCACUGUCCUCCUCUUACCAUAUAUAACCCCACCACCUUCCAAACAAUAAACAACAUCAACGCAAGAUACACUUUUGGAGCAACUUGUGUCGUCAAAUGUCCUUACAACUACUUGGCCACUGACGUUGGAUCUUGCACUCUUCUUUGCCCACAUGAAACUCAAGAGGUCCUAGCAGGGGGUGUGCAGAAGUGUGAAAAGUGUGACAAGUGUGCUAAAGUUUGUUAUGGAAUCGGAUUGGACUUUUUGAAGACCACCCAAGCCAUUAAUUCCACCAAUAUCCAACACUUUCGAGGAUGCACCAGAAUCAUUGGGAAUCUGAUAUUCCUUUCAGACUCCUUCAAAAGGGGUCCUGAUAACACCACCCACCUGACUGACGAGGACUUGGAAGUAUUUAGGACCCUUGAGGAAAUUACAGGAUAUAUAUACAUUGACACAUGGUCUGAGGCACUCAAUAGUCUCCGAGUGUUUGAGAACUUGCGUGUUAUUCGGGGAAGGCUCCUAUAUAACGGGGCAUAUUCCCUGGUCGUCCGCAAUCUUUCCAUCUCGUCGCUCGGUCUCCGGUCCUUGAAGGAAAUCGGCAGCGGACUUGUUCUUAUUGAGGGAAACUCUAACCUCUGCUUCGUGGAUACUGUCCCAUGGUCAAACAUUUUAAAGAAUUCAAGACAGGCUAUUCUGAAGACUGAAAACAAACCACAGACUACAUGUGAAGAAGAUGGGCACGUAUGUUUUCAUCUUUGUGCCAAUGCAGAAUGCUGGGGUAGUGAAGCAUCCCAGUGUAUCCAGUGUAAUGGCCUUCUACGUGGGCUUGACUGUGUAGAUUCUUGCAAUGUUGAGGAGGGGGAGCCAAGGGAAAUGAUCAACGGAAGCCAAUGUAUAGCAUGUCACCCCGAGUGCAUGCCGCAGAAUGCGUCCAAUACAUGCCUUGGCCCACAAGCAGAUCAGUGUGUAGAAUGUGCACAUUAUAAGGAUGGAUCCACCUGUGUCAACCAAUGUCCAAGUGGGAAAAAAGUGGACUCCUAUGUGCCAAUAUGGAAGUAUGCAGACAAAGAUGGCGUCUGCCAGAUGUGUCCUGUUAACUGCUCCCAUUCGUGUGAUAAACAAGACGAGAAAGGGUGCCCCAUCAUUGUGAAUAACAGUCAAACCUAUAUGAUCGUGGCGGUGGUAGGCAGUGUUUUACUCGUGAUCACCGGCGCAGUGACCAUUGUGUUGGUCAUCAGGCGGAGGAAUCAAGUGAAGCGGAAACAUACCUUAAAGCGCAUACUUCAGGAACAUGAGUUGGUGGAACCUUUAACUCCCAGUGGAGCAAUGCCUAACCAGGCUCAGAUGAAGAUACUCAAGGAAACAGAGUUGAGGAAGGUGAAGAUUUUAGGAUCUGGUGCAUUUGGCACUGUGUAUAAGGGCAUAUGGGUCCCGGAGAACGAGAACGUAAAAAUUCAGGUGGCGAUCAAGGUGUUACGAGAGAAUACAUCUCCGAAAGCCAACAAGGAAAUCCUGGAUGAAGCAUAUGUAAUGGCGGGAGUGGCAAGCCCUUAUGUGUGCCGCCUAUUGGGGAUCUGUCUGACCACCACCGUACAGCUGGUUACUCAACUCAUGCCAUAUGGAUGUCUACUGGAAUAUGUACGAGAAAAUAAAGAUCGUAUCCACUCCAGAGAUCUACUCAACUGGUGUGUCCAAAUAGCCAAGGGGAUGACCUACCUAGAGGACAUCCGCUUAGUGCACAGGGAUCUCGCUGCAAGAAAUGUUCUGGUGAGAAACCCAACACAUGUAAAAAUCACCGACUUUGGACUUGCAAGAUUGCUGGAUGUGGAUGAAACAGAGUAUCAUGCAGACGGAGGAAAGGUUCCCAUUAAAUGGAUGGCUUUGGAAUCCAUUUUGCAUCGGAAGUUCACUCACCAGAGUGAUGUGUGGAGCUAUGGAGUUACUGUGUGGGAGCUGAUGACCUUCGGGGCCAAGCCUUAUGAUGGGAUCCCAGCUCGGGAGAUUCCAGAUCUACUGGAAAAAGGGGAAAGGCUCCCUCAACCUCCUGUGUGUACCAUAGACGUAUAUAUGAUCAUGGUGAAGUGCUGGAUGAUCGACUCAGAGUGCCGGCCCAAGUUUCGAGAGCUGGUCACUGAGUUUUCACGCAUGGCUCGAGAUCCAAGUCGCUUUGUGGUCAUUGAGAAUGAAGAGCUCAUGGCACAGUCCAGUCCUUUGACAACUCAGUUCUACAGUGAUUUGUUGCAAGAAGCGGCCAUGGAGGAUUUGGUAGAUGCUGAGGAGUACCUGGUUCCUCAUCAGGGAUUUUUUGCAUGUGAUGAGACAACAGUGGAACAUCGUAGUCGAAUAUCAUCCACGCAGAGUCAAGCAGAGACUCAGAUAGACCAGAUAUUAAUGGAUGAAGCCGGUCACGUGGAACCUCUUUUGUCUCGAACUUUAUCACACAACUCAGAUGUCAGUGAGUCCGAUGAUCUAAGUGAAGGAGACUAUGUGUUCGAUCCACCACACCCCAAGGAAAACAGUCUUAAGCGAAGAUAUUGUGAGGACCCCACAUUUUUCGGAGGAAAGGAUACAGUCGAUGGAGGGGGAAAUGAGACGUAUGGCUGCAUUUCACCUGGAAUACCUGCAUACCCUCCAGAAUAUGUGAACCAAAGAGAACCAACCAGAAGUCGCUGUUCGGUGAAGACACCAAGAACAUCAGUGUCCACCCUGGAAAGGCAGAAGGGACAGCUGUGCCGGAAUGGUUUGAUCAGGGAGCCAAAGAGUCCAGUAGCAAUGGCUGCUGUGGAAAACCCAGACUAUCUUCCCCCUCCAGGAAUGCAUUCGCCAAACUCUUUCCCUCAAGCUUUUGACAAUCCUUACUACUGGAAUCACGAAUUCAGAGCAGAAAGUGAACCUAACCCUACACAGAAUGGUUUUACCACACCAACGGCAGAGAACCCAGAGUACCUGGGACUAGACGAGGCAAUGAUAAGGCCUCGGGAUGUGACUGCAUAAAAGUAUUUGGGAUAAUGUAACCCAGAUAAAAGGCAGCUGUUUAUCCAAGAGACACCAUACAAAAGGGCAUACAAUAUAGCACCUGCUGUGGUCUACACAAUCAUGGCGGACGUAUACACAUUGGGCUGAUCAAUCGGCAACGAAAUUGUGGACAGAUGGGAAUGUUCUGGCUUUUCUUUGGUUUAUAGAUCCCCACUGUUGGGUUGUCUCUAUAAUCUAACAUCCUGUACAUUACAGAGUAUAUAUAUAUAUAUAUAUAUAUAUAUAUAUAUAUAUAUAUGCGCAACACCUAAUCUGCAGGUGAAGUGGAUAUCGAGAGGUUUGUUUAAUGCCAAGCAACUAACUAUAAGGAAUGAACUGUGACUGCACAAGAGACACUUACAAGAUGAUUGUACUGAAAGAAGCUAAUACUUCUAGAUGUUUGAGAAGUUUCCACUUGUUAAACAUCUUUGAUAAUUUUUACUAAAUUUUUUUAUUUUUUUUAUUGGGAGAAGCACUGAUGGAGGACAUCUGUAGUAAGCUAACAACAUGGAUUAUCCUUGUAAAUAGAAGGAACUUAUACAAGCUGUUGUAUAACCUUGGUCAGUAGAAAUACCUGGUAUUUCUGAUAGAAGAAAGGUGCAGAGUAGCACCUUAGACUCCGUCCAAUACUCAAGUGCCAUGAGUUAGGAUGCGUUCACACGGCCAUCUAGACCCGUCCUGUUCUUCUCCCGUCAAAAAUAAAAACGGACUUUAAAAAAAAUUUAAAUAAAAACGGAUGCUAUCCGUUUGUAUCAGUUAA